GUCCCUCUCUUUCCAAAUAUUUAGACAAUCACAAAGCACCACACCACACCUCUCUCUAAUAGUGAACAUGGCUCAAGUCGCUUCUCUCUCCGCCGAAAUGGAGACCCUGAACCAUGUUCUUUCCCUAGUGGAGGCAUUCAGAGCGUUCGACGCCGACAACGAUGGGCGAAUCACGAAGGCAGAGCUUGGAGGAAUCUUGGGGUCACUCGGGUACAACGCUAGCGAGCAAGAAGUGGGUGCAAUGAUGCAAGAAGGUGACAAGAACAGAGAUGGGUUUCUGAGCAUACAGGAAUUCUUGGAGAUGAACACGAGAGAGUUGGAGGGUGGGAGUCUCGGCAGCACCCUCAGCACAGCGUUUGAAGCGUUGGAUGAAGAUGGGAACGAGAUUCUGACCGGGGAAGACCUUCAUGGGGUCAUGCAAAACUUGGGUCUAGACUUGUCCCUCGACAACUGUGUUCAUCUUGUUGCUUCUCUUGAUGCAGACGGAGAUGGAGCUGUGAGCUUGGAUGAAUUCAGACUCAUAGUUGAUUCACUCCUCUGACAAAUAUUCUCUGUAUGUGUUAUGUGAUCAAUGAUCACAUGUUUACGUAUAGCAAUAGGUUUGAAGAGGUUACUGUAUCUGCAUGAAAAAGUAUAGGUUAAGGAAUUGAAUAAGCACUUGUGAGAUGCAACUGGUUUGCAAUUUUAAAUUUAGAGAGACUUGAGAAAGAAGAUAAAUUUUAAAUAGUAUUUGGGCUCUUUAAAAAGUA